ACAAAGUUGGCCCUUGGCCCGGAGACCCCGGCAUGGUGCGCGCGGGCGUCGUGGGGACACAUCUCCCCACGUCCGGCUUGGACAUCUUUGGGGACUUGAGAAAGAUGAACAAGCGCCAGCUGUAUUACCAGGUCUUGAACUUCGCCAUGAUCGUGUCUUCUGCACUCAUGAUCUGGAAGGGCUUGAUCGUCCUCACUGGCAGCGAGACCCCCAUCGUGGUGGUGCUGAGUGGCAGCAUGGAGCCAGCCUUUCACAGGGGUGACCUUCUGUUCCUGACAAACUUCCAGGAAGACCCUAUUUGAGCUGGUGAAAUCGUGGUUUUUAAGGUUGAAGGACGAGACAUUCCAAUAGUUCACAGAGUAAUCAAAGUUCAUGAAAAAGAUAAUGGAGACAUCAAAUUUCUGACUAAAGGAGAUAAUAAUGAAAUUGAUGACAGAGGCUUGUACAAAGAAGGCCAGAACUGGCUGGAAAAGAAGGAUGUGGGAAGAGCCAGAGGGUUUUUACCAUAUGUUGGUAUGGUCACCAUAAUAAUGAACAACUAUCCAAAAUUCAAGUAUGCUCUUUUGGCUGUAAUGGGCGCAUAUGUGUUACUAAAACGUGAAUCCUAAAGUGAGAAGCAGUUCCUGGGACGAAGAUUGAAAUGAAUUCUAUUGAAAAA